AUCUGGGACGGGUAAGACACUUGUCAUGGAGUGGAAGCCUACUUGGGGCAGUAGUCUCCAUGCCUUUGCAAAACUCUCCCAGCCUUGCCGAGCAGGAGAUGUAGGUCGUGUAAGAUGGCUAUUGUCCCCGAUUGCGAGUCUUUCCGAUACCGAAUCGCCGCCCUUCCCAAGAUGGGUGCUGGAUGGGGGAGUUGGAGGCCUCCUCUGUCCCAAGAGGGUAUCUAAGGUUUGUAAGUCUGACCAAGACCAGCUCGCCAGUACCGCCGAGUAUCUAAAGAUAUUGACGAUGCCUACCUUCACCAGUUCUUUUGUCUUCUCCAAGAUGUGUUCUUUCUCUCCCCACGUGAAGGGGCAGAUAUUUGAACCAUUUUGUCGGUGGUAGGUUCACAAACUCCUUGUCAAAGAACUUGAUGUUUUGUGUUCCUGGGAUCUCCCUCCUUAGCCGAUAAUCAAAGCUGAAUCGUUCUACCACUUGAACAAGCGUUUUCAUCUCUCUCACGGAAUGUGCU